CGAGCCAUGCCGGCCGCUCAUGCUCAUGCUUCCGAUCUUGGCCCGGCGCUUCAGCCCGUGGCAUCGCCAGCUUCGGCCCAGCCAAUGCCCCGGCGCAGUCUUUGACGGAGAGUCUUUCAGAGAAAUUGCAGUCAGAUGACGAUGCUCUGCUGCUGCUGCGGGAAAAAGUAGCAUCUGCGCCACGGGAUAGCUUGUCGAGGACGCACUUUGAGAGCUCUGGAGCUGUGUGGAUGGGAGGCCGGGAGACGCCGCCGGAUCCCAACAAAGCAAACCUCGGGAAGACCCUGCGAAUCCUCCAAGAACGUCUCCCGACCCUCCUCCAGUCUCCCCUCCCGCAAGACAUUCUCGCCCCCAACAUCUCGCUCCAGCUAUUUCCCUCCACGCACCCUCACCUCCCCGUCGUCUCCGGCCGAGUCGCCUACAACGCCGCCCUCUGGACCUCCCCCAUUGCAUGGAACCGCGUGCCCAUCAUCGGCAACGUGAAGCUGGAGAUCCUCGCCGAGCGCAUGACGUCAGAGCCUCUGACCUUUUUGCCCAGACGGGCCGGCGCCAUUCCAGAGCAGCUCGUCGUGCGCUGGUGCGAGAAGCGCAGGGUCAAGGAUGACAAGGCGAAGAAGUCUGGCGGGAGCUCGUUGCCUUGGUUGAGGCUGGCGAGGGGCGUCGACCCGAACAAGGCCUUUACGGGGCUGUUCAUAUUCGACUUUGACGCCGAGGGGCGGAUCUUGACGCAUACCAUUGAGCAAGCUCAGGAAGGCGGCGACUGGGAGAAGGGCAUGGGUGCCAAGUUUGUGGGCCUGACGGAUUGGCUGCUUGGCGGCAUGACGAGGGAUCCUGGCGCUCCGAUACCAAUGUUUGAGAGGAAACGAGGUUGUGGUCUCCAAUGAUGGUGGGAGGAGGAAUGCUCUGGAGCCGUGUAUAAAAAAGAAGAGAGGAAAAGAACGACAUUUGGUCUUUCAUGGCGUUGAUGGAUGGCGCGCCUGUAUUUUUAUUUGCUGUCUUCACCUUGCCUGGUGUGUUAUGCCCAAGGCACGAGGUGGAUGUGUUGUAACGAUUAAGAUGCCUGCUUAGAUGGCACGUGUAUAUCUCUUGUAUAUUCCUAGCAACUCUCUACUGCUAUUGAACCUCUUCACGACUGA